UCGGGAAGACGAUCCUACCGCUAACCCAGUAGUUGACAAAUAUUUGGUAGAAAAUUCACCGUGAAAUGGCUAUAUCGAGUAGUAUAUUGCUCACAUUCCCGCCGUAGGCACCUAGCUAGGCUGCUAGGUACGUAUGAAGCCAUGAAUCGUGUACCUAUCUUGGUUAUGGAUCGGAUGAACUCUAGAUAUGGGAAUAGGUAGGGAUAUGUAGGGACAAUAGUAGCUGAGAUCCAUAAAUAAGGGGGCAAAAGCGUUCCAUCUUCACCUGUAACUCCAUAUUCUAUAAAGUCCCUCAGGUUUUCUCCUUACAGACCUAGACAAAUAUAAAUCGACCUUCAACAGACGGAUCUGUUUCUCGCUAAUUGUCAUUACAAUAUUAAAAUCAUCCCACCAUGGCUUCCUCUUUCCAAGUUCCCGGCGAGUAUGGAUACGUCCUCACUGUUGCGGCCUCGUCGUUUUUUAUCAACACCCUCCACUUUGUCUUAACAGCCAAGGCGCGCAAGGCAAGCGGGUUGGGCUAUCCGAUUCCCUACGCGAGCAAAGAGCAUGCCGAAAAGGAUCCCAAAGCAUACGCAUUCAACUGUGCCCAGCGAGCACACGCCAACUACACGGAAAACUUGACGCCCUUUUUGGGUGCCCUCCUUAUCUCCGGUCUCUAUUACCCGACCGCCAGCGCCGCGCUUGGCGCAACUUGGGUUUUCGGCCGUUUCUGGUACGCUCUCGGUUACACAUCGUUUGGUCCCCAAGGUAGACUGAAGGGGUUUACCUUGAGUGUGAUCUCCGAUACGGCUCUGAAAAUUAUGGCGGUCAUUGCUGGUGUGAAGAUGCUCCCGAGUGCGUAGACAUCUUUUAAGUAGCGGUGCAGUAUCGAGGGAGAAGAUAUAAAUGAAAAGGGCGGAUCAUAGGAUAUAUCUUCGUUUGUUUUUUUCCAAAAAAAAAAUCAGCAAUAAAGUUAUCGGAUUCCUGUAGUUUCACAGGUGUAACUAGGCAUCGCUGGAUUUUCAUUUCCAUCUCGUGUGACCUUGCUUUUCAGAAUACCUACCAUAUACAGUGGGAGAUACGUAAUGCCGGAAGUGCUGAGUAUGCGCAUGUAGUAUCCGGUGCAUUAUAUACCAUACUUACUAGGUACAUAUAUGCUGCUACAUAAACGUCAACCUAAAUUGAUUACAAAGCCAC